UUGGUGAGAAGGCACUGUUCACAUCUUUGUUUCCUCUUCUCCCCCAGCUAUGUUGCUGUAGCUGGACCCUAGUGAUUUUCCUUCAGCAUAUCAGUGUUUAAAAAUGUGCAUGUUCUGUGGCUCUUAAAAGUGGUCAGAAACACCUAGUAGUCUAAUUUCUCCCUCUUCUUCCCUACACUGGCACAAUUCUUCAUCUCAGCAUGGUACUCUCAAUGUUCUCAGUCCCAUGUACUUCUGUUAUGGAACUGGUGAGAAAUUUGAGCGUGAAUACAGUCCAAAGUCCAGCACUGAUUAUCACUGCUGUGCACCAUAUGACCUUUCCUGUUUUCAAAUGUAAAUAGAUGCUUUCAUGUGACAUAACAUAGUGUCAUGUCUAACAAACAUAAUGAUACAUUUAUCAAAAGCCCCGGACAAUGUGUUCUGACUCAUGGAAGCUUAAAAUAACUACUGCUAGAGCCACACUCUCUUAAAACCUUGUUCACUGUUGGAGUCAGUUACUCUGUCACCACAGACUGAUCUCAGCCCAGCAAGGGAUUAUCCAGUGUGACCCUCUUCCUGUAGGUAAAAACUCAGUGUAGUUGUCUCCCAGGAACCAGUGCGUGAUACCACAGCACUCUCCCAGGAAAAGGAUCUGGAUCUAAGGGAGGAUAUGGCACACGAGAAGGUCUCAUCUUGCAAUGCAGAAGGGCUUCAGCAGGAGUGUGUGGCCAGAUUCAGAUGAGAGGCAGCUGCUUCUGUUUCAUUCACUGCUGAUACCAGUCCUCUGCUAAGGGAAUGUGUGUGCAAGUAGUAUGAUCCCAACCCUGAAUCUGCCCAAUCUACAAGCUGCGAGGCACCAGCCAUGCUCCCGUUCCAGCCUCUCCUGCACGCUGCAGUGUUUGCACUCGCAGUCCUUCAGGCCCUUGCCUCCAACACGUUCAUUGCAGCGGUCUAUGAGCACGCCGUCAUCCUGCCGGAUACUGCCGAUGAACCUGUUUCUCCUGAUGAUGCUUUGGCCCUGAUGAACAGCAACAUGGAUGUCUUGGAAGGGGCCAUCAAGGAAGCUGCCCAGCAGGGUGCGCGCAUCAUUGUGACUCCUGAAGACGGCAUUUACGGCUGGCGCUUCACCAGAGAAACCAUCUACCCCUACCUGGAGGAUAUCCCUGAUCCAGCGGUGAACUGGAUUCCCUGCACUGACCCCACAAGAUUUGCUCCUGCUCCAGUGCAGGAACGACUCAGCUGCAUGGCCAGGAAUAACUCCAUCUAUGUGGUUGCAAACAUCGGGGACAAGAAGCCAUGUAACUCCAGUGAUCCCAGCUGCCCCGAGGAUGGUCGCUAUCAGUACAACACUGACGUCGUCUUUGACCCAGAGGGGAAACUGGUGGCUCGUUACCACAAGUACAACCUGUUUAGAGGAGAAACCCAGUUUAAUUACCCAAAAGAGCCAGAAGCCAUCACCUUUGAGACCCCCUUUGGGAAGUUUGGCAUUUUCACUUGCUUUGACAUCCUUUUCCAUGAGCCUGCUGUGGUCCUGGUGAGUGAAUUGCAGGUGGACACCGUGCUCUUCCCAACAGCUUGGAUGAAUGUCCUGCCCUUUCUGACUGCGGUUGAGUUUCACUCUGCCUGGGCUAUGGGCAUGGGCGUCAAUUUACUUUCAGCAAAUACUCAUAACAUCAGCUUUGCAAUGACAGGCAGUGGGCUGUUCACACCAGAGGGACCCGCCGCCUACCAUUACGACAGUGAGACUGAUGAGGGACGUCUCCUAGUAGCAGAGCUGAAUGCACAACCCCGUCUUUCCCCCAACUACCCCCCGGCCAUCAACUGGAGCUUGUAUGCCACAAGCAUCAAGAAAUUUCCAGAAGAAGACACAUUUCUGGGAGCUGUCCGGAAGGAUAUAUUCACUUUCAGUGAACUCAGGCACAAAGGUGGAAAUUACACAGUUUGCCAAGGAGACCUAUGCUGCCAUUUGAUCUAUCGGAUGUCAAACAAGAGCAAAGAUGAAGUUUAUGUCCUGGGUGCAUUUGAUGGGCUUCAUGGUUCUCUCAUAAAAUACCACUGGCAGAUAUGCACACUGCUCAAGUGCAAGAGCACAGAUCCAGAAACAUGUGGGCAGCCGGUGGAGACAGCUCAGACCAAGUUUGAGAUGUUCUCCCUCAGCGGCACGUUUGGCACCAACUAUGUCUUUCCAGAAGUCUUGUACAGUGGGGUGCAGCUGGCCCCUGGGGAGUUCAAGGUGCUACGUGAUGGACGUUUGAAAAGUAAGCAUGGCACAUCAAAACCACUCAUAACAGCGACGCUUUUUGGAAGGCUUUAUGAAAAGGACCUGCCUCAUCCUCUGCGAACGUCUCCAUCCCGUGACUCAGCUGUUACACAGUCACCAUAGACAGGAGGGGAAUUUCCUACACUGAUCCACCUUUUCAUGAGUCAUGGCGGUUAUCCUGUAUCAUUUCUGUUCUGCAAUCUUGCACUUCUGCUCAGCAGCUGUGUUAGUUGGAUUUAUUUAGGAGGAAAUGAUGUGAUCACUCUGUUGUGUAUACCUUGUUAAUAAUGCUUGAGCCACUGCAAUUAUUUUCAGUAUGAAUGCUCUGUCACAUGGCAUCUUUAAUUAGAAUUUUUUUUUUUCCCAAAGAUAUCAUGUAGAUUGCCAGGAUAGCACUAGAAAGAAGACUGAUACUGAAAUGUGUGAAAUUUGCCAGUUGCUGCCGAACAAGUCUUUUCUAAGGAAGACUUUUUGUCCCUUUUGCCCCUUCCUGUUUUUCACACUGCACCAAGUGUCCGUGUUUCUCAGCCUUACGCACCAGUCAAUAGGGCCUCCCUAAUACCUGAUGGGUCUUUGCCUCAUUUUCGCCAAGGGACUCCACA